GGAUAUCCGACCUGAUCAAUUGGAUGUACGCACGUAUUGAGUAUAUAUGUACAUAAACACAGGCAACAUGUGAUUGUCUGAGUUACUCCCCUUCGUUUCUGAUACGCCAUUUGCCUGUCAUCUGAUACCACUUCCGUGUUAAAACAGAAAAGCAUAGACUGAACGUGAAAAUGUCAAUGUUCUCACAAGAUGAAUUUGAAAGGGGAAGAUACAGAUGGAGAAAGGAUGGAAAGAUUCUAGUAACAAUUGUCUCUCAGCCGUUUUGUCUUCGUGAUACCAAGAAAGAGAAAAUCACAAAAGUGGAUGAAGAAGAAAGAAGCGUGGAUAUUGAUGCAAUUCGUCUUACACAGUUUUUUAAAGAGGAAAAGGCAAAGUUUCCGGUCAAUGUUGACCUCAGAUUUGAUCAGAACUGUAAGUAUGAUGAAUUUGUUGAAAAGUACGUUCAAGUUAUGGAAAAGGAAAAAGCGAAGUAUGAAAAAUAUGACUGCUUUUUCUUCAUAUUUCUAACAUACGUUGGGGAGGAAUCCAUUGAUGACGAGAAACUGCACUUCUAUGACAAAUGCAAACCUCUAGGAGAGAUACUAGAUGAGGUGAAAAAACAGGAAGUAACCUGGGGAAAACCAAAGAUCUUCCUUAUUCAAGCAGAUGAUAAGACCCUGCUUGGACCAAAAACAGAACCUAAAGGUCCUACCGUGGUUAAAGAGAGAAAAAUACCACAGGAUGCUGACAGGCUCGUUAUCCAGUCAACAAUACCACAGGGCAUCGCUAACAGGAACAACACAGAUCAAAACCCGUCGUUCUUGGUUCAAGCUUUUAUGGAUGCGAUGAAGAGCAACUGGAGCUUGAGACAUGAUUUUCUGUCCCUUACAACUACAAUCAACAAAAACGUGGACGAUAUGAUCAACCAAUCAGGAGGCGAGAGAAAAAAUGAGAUGUUAGUUCCUCUCGUCACUUCAACUUUGACCAAAACGCUGGUGUUUUAGACAAGUUAAGCGACGUGAAUGUAAUGAUCUUCUGCGAAAGGCAAAAUAUUCUAAUAAUAUGUUGGAUAUUGACCAGUUAAUUAAUACAAAACGUAGACAUUGCCUUGUUUUAUAACUGUGCCAGAAACAGUCGAUAUACGAGAGCGGUUGGCGUCUAUAUAGACUGUGCUUUUAUCUUUUUAACUUGUCUGAAAGUAGAAUUUUUCAAGAAUGUAAAAAUUUGGUGGCAAUUCUGUUUUGAUGCUAUUUGCAGUAGAGGUUUGUUGCACAAGAUAAAUCGCCGCCAAUCGUCAACGGCUAAAUUUGGUUACCCCCAUUACAGGUCUGACAAGUAAACGUAUUGGUAGCAAUUACAUCGGCGUUUAUUCUCCUAGCAUAUUUAAAAUUUCUUUCGGAUUGAAAUGGCAGACAAACAUAACUACGUUAGUUUCAUAUAAAGCAACACGUUUUAUUUUGACAUGAAUAUAUAUUGAAAUCAGUUAAAUCAAUUUAAAUCAAUACAUGUAUAGUAUAAUAUGAAUAUUGUGUACAUUG